GGGAAAAGAGUUUCUGAAGAGCCGCCUGAGCGAUUGGCAGCCACUCGCUCCAAUCAGGGCUGUCGUAGAGGGACUGGUGGGGGAAGGCGGGAGAUUCGAAUCACCACUAGUCGGCCCAAGCGAGCGUGAACUUGGGGCGAGUCCAACAAAGGCGAGAGAGUGGCUUUGCGGGGGAUGUAAGCUUGCAUUGAGUGGGAAGAAGGAGGGCAGGUUGUUGAGACGAAUUUAUGGCUGCUCCCUAGAGGAUUCCUGCGUUCCCUAACAGUUGUCAUGGGGGCUUCUGAGAGUUUCCCAGCUACGCCCACCUGCACACCUUUGCUGAAUAAACACCUGAGACACAUCAGCGACCCAAGAUCACCUACCGCUGGGAUCCUGAGAACACCCAUUGAGGUAGAAAAUUCCCCCAAAGACAGUACACCUUUUCCAAAAGAGAAGGACUUGGUAGCCAAAAGCCAACAUGACAACUGGGAUCCUCGUUCCCCAACUCCAGGAAUUUCACGCACCCCUCUAAAAGCUGUGUUAGCUGAUACCAUAAACUACCCAGAGAAGCUGUUCUGUGAAAACUUUAUGGGAAGAAAUACAGAGGAAGAGCUACCUCAAGAGGAAUCUCAGCAUCAAGAUCAGAAAUCUGAACUCACCUUUGGGAUAGAGGAGAGGGCUGCAAGGAGCACAAUUUCUCCUGGGGAAAUUUUCCCAGAGGGUUCCCAGCAAGCAGAAGAGGGGAAAAAUGAGCAGUUGCUUUCCAUGGUUUCUGUGGCAGCUGCAACAAAACCAACUCACCCUGCCUGCAUCAUUCAGCCUACAGGGAGCAAGCCAGUACGACGCAGAGUCAGUAACAAAAUGCUGGCAAUACCAGCUGGUACUGGACGUUCCCCGCUUAGUGUCCUUCACGAUGACAAUUCUCCAAUUUCCCUGGCUUCUCAUCAGAGUAAAAGGGCUUCAUCAGUGACAGACAAUCAAGGAGAGCCAAAGGAUGGAACCUUAAGCUCUGGAUUAAACUUUACAGCAGGUAGCUGUAGCUGGGAUCCCAUGAAUAAGGAGAAUCGACAGUGUCGUUGGGUGGAAAAUUAGCUUCAGGCGCUCCAUGGAUUACUGGCCUUUAGUAUGGAGGUUUGACUGGCUCAAGCAUGAAGACCAUGAAGUGGCAUGACUAUAUGCUUCUUGCCCAUUUCCCUCCUGCUACUUUUCUCUGUCUUUGGUUUUCAUAUUUGGGUUCUAUCAUGUAUAGAUUCUUCUGUGUAACUACUUUUUUUAAAAAAAGUCUUUGUCUGAAAUGUCUGUAUCUGGAAAAUAAACCUCUCUUUAG